AUGACCAAGGACUCGCCCAGCCCUUCGGGCGGCGGCCGCGUGACAUCCAAGAAGCCGGCUACCCCGGGCGCGGCGGCGGCGGCGGCGCUGGAGGAGCAGAGGCGGGAGCUGGAGAAACUGCGGGCAGAGCUGGAGGCGGAGAGGGCGCGCGGGCGGGAGGAGCGGCGGCGCUUCGCGGCCCGUGCGCGGCAGCUGCGGGAGGAGGCCGAGCGGGAGCGGCAGCAGCUGGUUGACCACCUGCGCUCCAAGUGGGAGGCGCAGCGCAGCCGCGAGCUGCGGCAGCUGCAGGAGGAGGUGCUGCGGGAGCGCGAGGCCGAGAUCCGGCAGCUGCUGCGCUGGAAGGAGGCCGAGAUGCGGCAGCUGCAGCAGCUGCUGCACCGCGAGCGCGACGCCGUGGUGCGCCAGGCCCGGGAGCUGCAGCGCCAGCUGGCCGAGGAGCUGGUGAACCGCGGCUACUGCGGCCGCUCAGGGGCGCGCGAGGACGGCGCCGCGCAGUGCCACUGUCGCCUGCAGGAAGUGCUGGCGCAGCUCCGCUGGGAGACGCACGGCGAGCAGGCCUCGCGCAUCCGCCACCUGCACGAGGCGCGCGACGUGGAGCGCCAGCUCUUCCUCAAGUACAUCCUGGAGCACUUCCGCUGGCAGCCCGCUUUGUCAGGCGCCCUCGACCCGCAGGCCGCGCAUCCUUCGGAAGAGCCGCCCCCCGAGACCUCUGCCAAGUCCGCCCGUCGACUCGAACCCCUCGACAGCCCGAACGCGGGCGCCCGCGCGCGCUCCCGCUCCCUCGACCGGGUGCCCGUCGCGUGCUCCAACUCCCCGAACAGCCUGCUCCCCACGCGCGCCAGCUCCCUCCAUUCCUUGGCACCAGCGCGUUCCCGAUCGCUCGACAGCACCCCGAGUCGCCCCAAGGCCCCCGAAUCCUCCUCGACGGACGCCUCCAUCCCGGGAUUCCCGGGAUCCGCGAGCCCCCCGCCGCCGCCGCCGCCGCCGCCGCCAUCGGAGCGCAGGAAGACUAGCGACCUGCGAGCAGGGGAAGAGUCCAGUAGCCAGCCUUGCGAAGCCCUGACCCCCCUGCAGCCGGUCCCGGGCUACCGCGAGCUGCUGAAGCAGAACUCGGAGCUGUCCGAGGCGCUGCAGGUGCCUGCGCGCCGCUGCUCCGGCCUGCGCAAAGAGAACCUGCGGCUGCGGCGCGCAGGCUUCGCCGACGAGGCGAACGAGAAGGUGAAGCGGCUCAAGGGGAAGCACGCGGAGCUGACCGGCCUCGCGCAGCGCCUGGAGGACCGGGCUCGCGAGCUGCAGGAGACCAGCCUGCGGGCUGUGAGCGCGCCGGUGCCCGGCGAGAGCCGCGCGGGCCUGGAGCUGUGCCAGGCCUUCGCCCGCCAGCGCAUGCGGGACUUGUCCGAGCAGGCGAGCGCGCUGCUAGCCAAAGACAAGCAGAUCGAAGCGCUGCGGCAGGAGUGCCACCUGCUGCAGACGCGCGUCGCCUCGGGCCUUGGCAGCGCCCCGCUCCCUGGGGGGGGCGCCGCCUGCGCCCAGUGGCUCACCGUCAGCGACCUGGACCGGAUGCAGCGCGAGUCCCAGCGCGAGGUGCUGCGCCUGCAGAGGCAACUGACGCUGCAGCAGGCCACCGGCGGCGCCCGCGCGGAGGCGGGCGGCCAGAGCGCGCCCUGCGGGGAGGCGCGGCGCCAGGUGCGGGCGCUGGAGCGCGAGCUGAGCGCGCGGCGGCGAGAGGGCGAGGAGCUGGGCGCGCAGGCGGCGGCGGCGCGGCGGCGCGGCGAGCAGGCCGAGGCGCAGCUGCAGGCGGCGCUCCGCGGGGGCGCCUGGCUGGCCGAGGAGAACGCGCGGCUUCAGGCCCAGGCCGACUGGACGCGGGACGUGGCGGCCGAGAACGACAACGUGCGCGGGCAGCUGGGCCGCGCGUGCCAAGAGCGCGACGCCGCCGGCUUGCUGGCGGGGCAGCUGCUGCAGCAGGCGGCGCGAGGGCAGGACAGGCAGCAACAGCUGCGGCACGACCUGCAGAAGGCCCUGUGUGAGCUCCAGGCGGCCCGGGAGGAGAUGCGGGCCCUGCAGUGUCAGCCUGGCCACCCUCCCCAGGAACCCUGGGAGGCCCCGCCAGCCGGGGAGUCCCAAGUGAGAGGUAGUGGAAAAACCAAGUUGCAGCCAGGGCCCGAGGACCAAGCAUCGUCUCAGCCCAGAAGAGACAAACAGGAGAGGAAGGAAGGCUCCCUGCUGGAGAAUCCAGCUGCCCUCGGGGAGCCAGCCAGCGCCCCCCAAGUGCCAGACAGUGUCUCAAGCAGCCGACCUCUGGACUCCAGGCCCCAGGCCAAGGAAACCAGCUCCCAGUCGAACUCCUCCUCUGAGGAGGAGUCCAUGUGGGCAACCGUGCCCACCUGCCCUGUUCAGGACGUGGACACAGCCAGCAAGGUGGAGGAUCUGGAGCCCGAUAGCGUGUCCUCGACCCUGGAAGUGGGGGCCUCAGAGGCCCCUGCCACCCCCAAGCUCAAAAUCUUCCUGGCUCGAUAUAGCUACAACCCACUUGAGGGGCCCAACGAGCACGCAGAGAGGGAGCUGCCACUCACAGCUGGGGGUUACGUGUAUGUCUUUGGGGACAUGGAUGAGGACGGCUUCUACGAAGGGGAGCUUGAGGAUGGCCGGCAGGGGCUGGUGCCGUCCAACCUGGUGGAGCAGGUUCCGGAUAGCGACGUCCUGGGCUGCCUGCCCCACGCACCCCCUGACCUUGGCCCCAUUCGACUCCCAGCUGGGCAGGGCAAAGCUUCCAAGGAGGACACUGGUCACUGCUUAGUACCUGGGGAAGCCCAGGGAGCAGUGGACAGGGGGCCACACCCAAUGGUGAGGGCGGGCUCCAAGACAGGAGUGGUAACAGAGCUCUCAGACGCCAGGGCGGGCGCCGGCUGGCUGGGCUCUCAGCAGAGCAUGGACGAGCGGGGCUUCUCCAGACCUCUUCUGGGAACCAGCGGGGUCCUUUGUGCAGCCCCCACACAACUUCGCCUGAAGAGCGUUGCGGCCACGUCGGCCGAGAUCACCUGGGUUGGCAGCAGCCACCCCCACGUGGUGUACCUGGAUGACCUGGAACAUGCCCUGACCCCAGCAGGCGUGAGCUGCUACACCUUCUGCCACCUGCGUCCUGACACAAGGUACCAGGCACGGGUGGAGGUGCGCCUGCCCUGGGACUUGCUGCAGGUGCGCUGGGAAACGAUGUCCUCCACCAUCACCUUCGACACGCCCUUGGCGGGACCACCCGAUCCUCCGCUGGACGUGCUGGUGGAGCCCCACACCUCCCCAGGCCUCCUGGCUGUCAGCUGGCUCCCUGUCACCAUCGACUCAGCUGGGUCCUCCAACGGAGUCCAGGUCACUGGGUACGCUGUGUAUGCCGAUGGGCUCAAGGUGGCAGAGGUGGCGGAUGCCACUGCCGGGAGCACCCUGUUGGAAUUUUCCCAGCUCCCGCUGCCCCCGAUGUGCCAGAAGAUCUCGGUGAGGACCAUGUCACUCUGCGGGGAGUCCCUGGAUUCCGUGCCAGCUCAGAUCCCUCAUGACUGUGUCACCUGUCUCCAGCUGCCAGAGACGUCUCCCUUUAGCCACAUCUGCAGGGACCCAUCCACCAGCAGAGGGACCUUCCCCAUCUGCCCUCAGAGCCUGGCGCUGGCUCCCCUGAGGGCCAAGGCCAGCCCCCAUGCCCCUGGAAGCUGCGGGGAGCCCCAGGCCAAGUUUCUAGAAGCAGUCCCCGAAGAAUCCCCAAGGAGGCGGUCCCCAGUGCCCAAACUCAGUUCAGAUGGAGAACGUCCACAUGCACGGUCAGGCAGCCAAGUCCAGGGGCCCGCAGAGGCCUGGGGGUUCUCCAGAAAGGACCAGCUCUUUCAGAAGUGUCCCCGGAGCCACGGGCCACCUCUGCGCCAGGGCCAGUCUGGAGGAGAAGAGAACCACUACCAGCACGUGGGCACCAGCCAAAGCCCUGCUGCAGGGGUCAUCCGUCCGUCCCCUGAGCGUGGACCUGGGAAGGAGCUGUGGCAGGAGAAGGCUGCCCUUGACAAGGCCCUCAGACAAACGCAAGACGUCCCGUUGUUCACCCCUCCCCAGCUGAGCAGCCGCCAAUGCUAUGUAUCUGACUUCUGUGACAUUCUGCAGGAGAAGGUAGGGCGCUUGGGUCCGUGGGGCACAGAGGGGCGAGAGCAGAGGAAGAAGCCCAGGAGACGGGGCGGGCGAGGUCAGGCUCCGGGGGCCACGAGUGAGGGCCAGCUCCGAGAGCCUGGCUCGGCGCCACGGCCCGCUCCAUCCAGCAAGGUCAUCAGGAGGUCGGGGGGUGGCCCCCCACCGCUGGCAGUGAGGGUGGGCCCUCCGGCCAAGCUCUUGGCGGCCCUCUCUGACGACGACCCCCUGGGGAUGUCUGCCACCCCCGAGGCUGCAGAGGAGGAGCUGGCCUUCCGGAAAGGGCAGUUGCUGAGUGUGUGGGGCUCCCAGGGCCCCCAAGGCUUCUAUCGUGGCGACCACCAUGGGCAAGUGGGCAGCAUCCCUGGGCGCCUGGUGGCUGACGUGGACGCAGGCAUGGAGUGGACUGGCGAGAGGUGGCAUCUGCCAGGGCAAGGGCCCUUGCCCUCUGCGGCCCACCUCGAUGACUUCGGGGGGCUCAGCGGCCCCCAGGGCUCCUUCCCUCUGCCCCAGGGGAGCCCCAGCAGGCCCUCACUGUGGACUCCACAGACCAUGGUGGCGGCCCUGGACUAUGACCCCAGGGACGGGCCGGCAGGGGCCCCGGCGAAGGGCAAGCUGUCACUGAGGGCGGGGGAUGUGGUCACCGUCUAUGGGCCUGUGGAUGACAAGGGGUUCUACUACGGGGAGUCGGCGGGCCACAGAGGCCUGGUCCCCGCCCACCUGCUGGACCACGUGUCCCUCCAGGGAGCGUGAGCGCACCUCCCCGCCGGGGUGGUGGCCUCUGGCCGCCCGCACCCCACACGCGGACCCACCAGACCCUCCUCGCUUCACGGGCAGCGCCUGCUGCACGCACCGCUGCUCGGAACCCUCGGCCGUCCCAGGCCUCCUGGCCGCGAGGGCAGUGGGGCCUAA